AUCUUUAUUUAUUUAUUUAAUAUAUUUGAUUACAUUGAAACAUGUUACAGUUUCAGUUGAUAGAACAUUUUUAUAAACAUGUAUAAAACACUCAAAAUAUUACAUAUGUUAAUCUCUAACAUUUUCUGCUAAGCAUCUGCCAACAGUGCUGUAAAACGCCGAUAGAAGAAGCAGGUCUUAACUAAGCGCAAUUCGUUUUAAAUGGUUUAUUAAUUGCAAUUAGUGUCAGAGAUUAAGGAAACACAAACUUGCACAAUGUCCGCAGUGGAUGUGCCUUUAGUAGCCAUGGCUAAGAUGCCUCCGACCAUCCAGUUUGACGCCAAGAAGGACUUCCACACGCGCACCCAUCAGCAGGAGUUAGACGAGGCUUUUCUGGGCUACGAACGGCGUCCUUGGGUUCACCAAAAGGCACGAAAGGAUACUCGACGCGAGCGGGAGAUCCUUAGCGGACUCCUUUCCUCGACCACAGUGGAAACAGAUUACGCCAGCAGUUGUGUGGACAAGCUGAUUGCCGAGAACAUCAGCUACAGAGAUCUGGCAUCUCUUACCGACGAGGAUUUGGAGCUCUUUGGAUUCAAUUCUCAGAAACAACGUAAGCAGCUCCUGGAGAUGUUUGACAAGAUGCCCAAUCAGGAUCCCAGCUACGAGUACCUUAAGAACCAGUCGGAGGCCAAGAAUUAUAACAAUCAAAUUCUUGGCAACGCCGCGAGCCACUUUAUGUCCUUGCGCGCCUCCUUGGCAGUCACUAACUACAAGCUGCAGGUCUCCACCCCGGAGGAUGUCGUCGUGGGCGAUAAACGCUAUGCCAGCUGUUUCGCCUUGGAAACCCUUAAAAGCGUAAAGCUUAUCACUGAUGAAAUAGCCAAGGACCUCAGGAAAAUCGAAGCCAACGCCCAGAAAAAAAGAAGCCAGGAGGAUAUCCAGGACAAGGAGAGCAACAAGAAGAAAAAGUUCAACCUGGCAUCUUUAGUGUACUUCACCACAUUGGCCGUGGGACUCUCAUGCGCUUGGUUUUGGUGGUGGACUAAGUUCCACAGUGUUCCUCGACUGGAAAGGAUCUCUGUUCAGACUUAAAACAAAAACAUAACGAAGCAUUUAAUAGCUGCAUUCCCAUUUUCUUAUAGUAUUUACGCCCAGAGUUGGUAGAAUUAACAUUUUUUUGGUUAAGCUUUCACAAAAUCUCAAACUGUAUGAAGUUUUACUGCCGAACAUUAAACAAAAGAGAAAAGUUGUAUUAACAAUUUAAAA